AUGGAACGCGAUAUUUCACCUGUCAAAAAGAAUCCUCCUGGAAAAUUUGUCGGUGUUCGACAAAAGCAAAUAAUUGUCAAUUUCUAUAAAAAUUUAAUGUUGGAGCAACAGAACAAAGAAGAUAGUCAAAAAAUGAAGUAUAAGGACAUCAUCAAAACAAUCUCAAAAACGAGUGGUGUUGGUCUAAGAACAGUGGGAUGUACACUGGCAGAAUACAAAACUAAAGGUACGAUUUCAUCGCCAAAUAAAACAAAAAAGAGGAAGACAGUGAUAGAAAAAUCAGAAGAUUUUGGCCAAAACAACAUUAGACAGAAAGUUCAUAGCUUUUGGUUAAAUCGUGAAAUACCUACUUUAAAUAAAGUUUUUGUGGCUGUAAACAAAGAUGAGAAUGUGCCAAAUUUUUCAAAGUCCUCAUUACGCAGAAUUUUAAAACACCUUAAUUAUGAAUAUUUGAAAAAAAAUCGGAAUAAUGUACUUAUUGAACGAAAUGAUGUCGUGUGUUGGCGUCGGAAAUAUAUGGAAUCAAUAAUACAUUAUAGGCUGAAUGGUAGACCGAUAUACUACCUUGGUGAAUCCUGGGUGGACGCAGGUGAAACUACCACAAAGUCAUGGGUCGACACAAUAAUAAAUUCACCCAAGAACGCAUUCGUUCGAGAACGCACUACUGGACAAAAAGAACCAUCAGGUAAGGGCAAACGAUUAAUUGUAUUACACAUCGGGUCAGCUGACGGGUUCCUUCCUGGUGGUCUUUUAUCUAUCGAGUCAAAGAAGAACACAUUAGACUCUCAUGAUGAGUUGAAUGGGGACAUAUUUUACAACUGGUUCAUAAAAAUCCUACCAUCUCUAAAAGAAAAAGCCGUAAUAGUGAUGGAUAAUGCCUCAUACAAUUCUGUAAAAAAAUACCCAUUUCCAACUAUGACUUGGAAUAAACAAAAAAUUAUAGAUUGGUUAGAAAAUAAAGGUAAAAUAGUUCCGCCAUCAUUGAUUAAACCUCAGCUUUUAGAAAUCGCCAACGAGCUUAAACCGCUGUACGACAAGUAUGUGAUAGAUGAAGUAGCAAGAGAUCAUAAUAAAAUAGUCUUACGGUUGCCUCCCUACCACUCUGAGCUGAACCCUAUUGAAAUCGCUUGGUCCUGGGUAAAAAAUUAUGUACUUAUGAACAAUACGACAUUUAAAUUAGAGGAUGUACAUAAUUUAUUAAAAGAUGCUGUGGAACACGUAACAAGCGAAAUGUGGACGAAUUUUAUUGAUCAUGUAACAAAAGAAGAGGACAAAUUCUGGACAGUUGAUGAUCUAUCUGACGAGAUUUUUGACCUGGAAAUAGGAGAGCAUCUAGGCGACACUACUUCAGAUUCCGACGACGAAAACAUUUAA